AUGCUGAUCUUCUUGCGUACGUAUACUGGAGCCGGUAGCGCCGGUCAUAUCAAACUGGUGCCUCCUCCCAUCACCGACUGUCAAUCUGUCAUUGGCCAACAAGGUGUGCACAUAAUAAUAUGGAUUGCCCGUAUGCGAAGGAACCUCUGCAUCCUGCGCAAUCGGGUCUCGAGACUCCCGUACAUGAUCUUGCCAUUCAGCUACUUUUUCGCGAUUGUGACGUUGCGCUUCCUUUUGCAGGUUCGCUCUCUUUCACUGUUUAUCUCCAAAAUGAGGAAGGUCGCCGCACUUCGCCUUCGACCCCAUUGGGUUACCGAUUUAGACGGCGCCUAUUAA